AUGAUGAGGCAAACGUCAGUCAGUCACAAAACCAAAACUGGCUCUCCUCUCCACUCUCGAAUUAUCGCGUUUUCAUCUCGACACGAUCUGCAGCCUUCCAUCAACAAAUCCUGGGGGCUCAAGGAGCCCCUUUUCGGCCACACUAGUUCCGUCUUUUCAAACAUUUGUAGUAGUAGCUGUUCCUUGUUUUUCGUACUUGCUCCUCUCGAUUUGGCUCUUUGAAUGCCGCUAAACGCUAAUUAUGAUUGAUUUUUUUUUAUUAUUUUGCAAAAGGUGCUUCUAUGAGAGCCCUAGGAUCAUUGAGAAAAAUUUGGAUUCUUUCCGAAAAUUUUGAAAAUUGGCUUUUUUCGUUCUUUUUUUGGUACAGAUUUAGAAUUUGGCGAUUUUAAUAUUCUAAUGCUUAGGAACUCCAGAGUGGCCCCUAUAGGGGCAACCUUAGGGCCCUUGAAGUGUCCCCUCUAGCUCCCACUUUACCAGCUCCUAUAGUGGCCAUAAAACUUGCAAAAGUGGUCCCUAUAGGUGUUCCAGUUAGUGGCCACUAUAGAAGACCAGCUAGUUGAGACCCUAGACCUCUAUAGGGACCACUUUCUCGGUCCCUAUAGAGGCUGUUUUUUCCCUAACCCCUAUAGGGACCACCAUGGAAUUCCAUAAGCAGGGUCAAAGUCUCGCGAAUUUAUUUAAGUUAUUGAUGACGUCACCACUUUCUAAUUUUCACAUCGAUUUUAUUUUAUUUUUUUUAAUUUUUGAUCCGAAUUUGCGACGCCUUUUUCAUUCUCAAUUACCCUACCCUCAUAAAAAAACUGAAUUUUUUUAAAAAUUAAGUUAUGACGUCAUAUCGAGAACUUCCGUGACGUCACAACUUUCCGAAUGAAAAACAUUGCUUUUUUUCACUGGUUUCGAAGUUUAAUGCCGGAGGAAAUACUAGUUUUUUUGAAUAUCAAAAAAAUAUGUUUUGAAAUUGAAUCCGUAAUAUCGAUUUUUAUCUGAAAAAAAUUCGUGAAAAUCAGCUUUUUUCAUGACGUCACUCCUCGAUUUUUUUUUAAAUCCUAAAAAUUUAGUCACGUCAUAAUUGGAUAUUCACUGACUUCCACCUCUUUGUGAUAUUGAAAAAAAAUUUUUUUUUUCAAUAAAAAUCGCUAAAAUCGAAAAAUUUAAUGACAUCCCAGCUUUUCAUGAUACUGAACUUCUCUGAAAAGUUACAUGAUUUUUUAAGGAUGACGUCAUCAAAUUUCAAUUUUGAUGACGUCAUACCUACCGUGACGUCACACCUUAUGAUAAAAACUUUUAAAAAAAUCAAGUAAAAAUCAGAAAAUUCAAAUUUUGAUGACGUCAUAACUGGCGUGACGUCAUAACUCAUGAUAAAAACCUUUGAAAUAAUCAAGUCAAAAUCAACAAGUUUAAAGUUUGAUGACGUCAUAACUGUCUUGACGUCACACCAUUAAAAAAAGUCAAGUCAAAAAUUGGCAAAUUUAAAGUUUGAUGAUGUCAUAACUAGCGUGACGUCACGCCUCAUUGAUAAAUAAUCUUGUAGUUCCCUUUUGUCCCCCUUCUCCAACCCAUCAAUAGGCGACAAGUUGGAGACGAGCGACACAGGAAGUGGUCGGCGAGCGGCGUCCGUUUGAUCUCGGAAAACGACGGCUGCUCCGAGAGCCGCAGAGCUGCCUCUCCGGGAGGCCGUAACUUGUCGUCGGUCACGCCAAGGUGUCACUUUUUCUGGUCUCUAUAGGGAUUUGUUCUCUUAGGAGUUUGCGAGUGGUCUUUAUAGGGGCCUCCGGAGGUUUACUCUAG